AUGGUCAACUUAUCUGGUAUGACUAUUAAUGUCAUUUUGAAGGAUUUAAUAUGCUUGAAGCAUGACUCAAGUUUCACAUAUAGGAGGCUUUCAGGCAUAGUUAUUAGACCCGACCCGGUGAUCGACCCGGAAAAAUCACCGGGUCACUGGGUCAACGGUUCAACCGGUGAAUCGGUGAUUGAACCAUUCGAUGUUGAACCGGAUCCGGUUUUUCCCAAAACCCGCCCGGUUCCGACGGGUUUAGAGUGGUCCAACCGGUUCAUGCCCGGUUCCCUUGCAUGUUUCACGCCAGUUCAAGGAAGCGAAUCAAGUGAUGAAUUCAUUAGCAAAAAUGGGGGCACAAGAGUGGUCCAUGCCAUGGUCUUCAACUGGAUUCACGGAAUGGCAAGGCAUAACAAUAGUCUUUUAAGUUUCUGCAUGAUCAUUCACCUAGAAGACCGGGCGGUGCCAUGUGGCGCCUCUUUUUUUGACCCGGCAUUUAGCUCUGGUCAAAAAACGCUGCCCAUUGACCUUGAAUGUCCCCUUGCUGUCGUGAGUGAUCUCAACUCGACAACACAAAGAAUCAUCGAUUACCGGCUCCCUCCUGUUCGUUACAUGCGUACUAGACCAUCGGCCCAUAGAGUCACUCCUGAAUAUAUUUUCAAGUAUAAUAUGGCCAUUGAUCGCAUGAAACGCCUUCCUGCAGACGAUCCAAGAAAUUUCAUGCAACAAGCUAAUAUCCAUUGUGCUUAUUGCAAUGGUGCUUAUGAUCAACCAGGUCAGGGUACGUUGGAUCUUCAAGUGCACAACUCCUGGCUUUUCUUUCCUUUCCACAGGUGGUACCUGUAUUUCUAUGAAAGAAUCUUGGGAAAAUUGAUUGGGGACCCUACUUUCGCUCUUCCAUUCUGGAACUGGGAUAACCCGAAGGGCAUGACAAUGCCACCCAUGUUUGUGGAUCCCAAAUCAGCUUUGUAUGAUGAGAAGCGUAACCAAUCCAAUUUGCCCCCUGCUGUCAUCGACCUAGGCAUGACUGGAAACACAGACCCUCUGCAGGUGGUGACCAACAACCUUACAAUAAUGUACACUGAAAUGAUUCGUGGAAACAAGACUGCCGAGGACUUCAUGGGCAACCCUUAUAGAGAAGGAACGGAGCCUAAUCCUGGCCCAGGUGCAUCCGAGCGUGGUUCACACACUGCCGCGCAUGUCUGGGUAGGAGACCCAAGACAACCCAGUUCAGAGAAUUUGGGUAACUUCUACUCCGCUGGAAGAGACCCACUUUUCUAUUGUCAUCACGCAAAUGUUGAUCGAAUGUGGACAUUAUGGCAAUACUUUUUGCCAAGCAAUAAAGUCCCAGACAAGAAAAUCACAGACCCAGAUUUCUUAAAUGCUGCAUUUUUGUUCUACGAUGAAAAUAAGCAGCUUGUACGCGUGACAGUGAAGGACUGCUUGGACAAUCUGAGAAUGGGAUUUGAUUAUGAAAGAAUUGAUCUUCCAUGGCUGGAUUACAGGCCACCCCCACAGACUGCAAGAGCCAGGGUGAUAAAGACUACUUCCGAUGCACCAUUGGCAAGCACCGUAUUCCCUGUCACUUUGGACAAAAUUAUUCGAGUCCAGGUUCCUAAAGCCAAGAAGGGUAAAGCUGAUGAACUGCUGGUGCUUGAAAACAUUGAAGUUGACACUACAAAAUUCCUUAAGGUUGAUGUGUUUGUGAAUGAUGAAGAUGAUAACAUCAAUGAAUUGGACAAGGCUUCUUAUGCAGGAACCUAUGCGCAAGUGCCGCAUAAAACUAAUAAAAAGGCGAACAAGACUUCUAUCAGGUUGAAACUCACUGAUCUUUACGACGACAUGGAUAUUGAGGACGAUGACACAGUUCUUGUGACAUUGGUGCCAAGACAUCACGGAGGUGGUAUUACCAUUGGUGGUAUCAAGAUCAUUGAGGCUCCUGCUACAAAAUCGAGUUGAGGUUUGAAGUGCAAUCAUCUGGCGCUGUUGUUCUUGUUUUCUCAAUGAAUCGUACAAAUAAGAUUUUCAUUGCAUCUUGCAUGUAAUGAAAAUUCGCCAUGUUCAGGUUGUUAAUUUCCCGUCCUAGUGUGAUUUUCUGUGUUAGUGUCUUCGAAUUUAAGCGAUGGUUGCACUUUGCACCAUUCGAUUGCCAGUUGUUGGUACUUGAUUUGUUGACUCUAAAUUCAGUGAAAAUAAAUUAGUUUAAUUAAAUCUCCA